AUUGUUUCUUUUGCUUAAAAGAAUAUCAAAUAUAAUCAUACAUCCGAAUCGCUUCACACAUUCGCUUUUUCUCAGUCAAGCUAUGUCUUUAUCCUCUUCAAAUUCAGAUACAGUCCCUUCAAAUGACAAUAAUAUCACACAUCCAACUUCUGAUAUUGGAAAUGAAAAUCCUGACAAUAAACCAUCAAGUCCUAGUUUUUCAUCAUCAAUGGAUAAAAGUAAACCUCAUUUUCCUCAAUUAGCUGUUUUGCUUCCAACUCCAGAAAACUCUCCACGUUAUCUUUCUUCGGAAUUGCCUAUCAGCGAUAGCGCUUUACCUUCAUAUCAAACAAUUCGAGAGCAAUUUGAUACCUCUUAUAUUCACUACAAACAUCGUGUCAACCCUAUUCCUUCUGCUGCUUUGGCUGUUUCUCGGUUAAAAGUUCAACCAGACUCUUCUUAUGGUUCUAGUGAAAUAUCAGCCGCUCGAACCUUAUGCGAUAUAAAUAGGACCGUAUUGUUUAAUCUUGCUCCGUCUGGUAAAAAUGAAAGCGAGUUUCAAAAUAAUUCAAAUAAACCGGAUUCUUCAGAUACUUUGGAUAGUUUAGUUAUCUCAACUAAAUCAGUAGAAAAUCCAAUUAGUAUCCAAAAUUUACUAAAUCCUACAGAUGAACCACCCAAGUUCAAGUCUAUUAUCUUAACUGGCUCAUCCAGUCCACUUGAUUUAAGCGACUUGGAUAAAGCCUUGUUUAAUAGUAAUGAAUCUGACAGUUCAUCAACUAGUAUUGAUGAGCGUGUUGGUUCUUCCAAUCUUUUGUUAAAUAAAGAUGCUGUUAGUAAUGAACCGAUUCCCAACAGUUUAAACUCUGGCAAUAAUACAUCCAAAAAAACUGCUGAAUCCGAGAAAGAUGCUGCUUUUUCUGCAGAGCGUAUUUUAUUGCAUGACAAGGAAAAUGGCGAGAUCCUCAAGGUUGCUGAUAUAGAUGACAAAGCUAGUUAUGAUCAUUAUGUCAAAACACUUAAUCCUGGUUUUGUCUUCUUGACCAAAAAUUCAAAAUACAAAAAAAAUGAUAACGUCAAAAGCCCAAAAGAAUCAACAGGCUCGCCCAAACCUGAUCAUACACCAUGCACUCAUUGUAAUGCAAUGCUUUCACCUGAAUGGAGAUCAGGUCCUGCUCCAGCAAGAGAAAAAAAAGCAUUUUGUAAUGCUUGUGGUUUGUUUUAUAAAAAGUUGAAAAAGUAUGGAAGAACUCGUAAAGAUAUGAUUAUGAAAGCCAGAAAGGCGCUUCGUCAAGACGAAGCACAAACUUAUUAUGGAUUUACAGCAGAAGAAAGGUUAAAAGCCAGGCAAGAAAACGAUGAAAUAAGAAAGAUUGCAAGCCCUCUAUCAGUUUUUAAGUGGUAUGUGUUUUAUCAAAUUUUAUUUAGAGACCAACCUGUCUAUUCUGAUCCUUAUUAUCCUGCAGAAAUGCCAAAGUCUCGAGAAGCUGCUCUUCAACAAAUCGAGGCUGCUGACAAAAAAGCUGCUGCAGAUGAAGUUUUGGAGUUCUUAAGAAAAGCAGAUGAGCAUGAUAUAAAUGAGGUUAAAGAAGCGAUGGAAGCAAAUGAACAGCUUAGCUCUGAUGGUAUUGCUCUUAAAAAAAUCAAAACCUGCAAAGGCUCCAAAACCACAAAAAACACAAAAAACACCAGAAAUAAAAAGUGAACCGCUCUGGGCGGUUUCCGGUUCGAUUCGCUUUUGCAGACCUUUUUUUUAGGUUUUUUUUGUAUUUUCCGUUGUUUUCUUCCCUGUUACUUUUUUUUCAAUUACUUUUUAGAUUCGUUGUUUUAUCUGUUAGAUAACAGGUCUCAUUUUAAUCAAU